AUGGUUAGAUGUCGAGCAAAAUGGGCAUUAUCGUUGCUGUUCCUUGCUUGGGUUAUAACUAUUGGCUACAUCGCUUAUCACAGCUAUAACAAUUCUUUAUUGAAUUCUUUUGCAUCAAUUCCCGCUCCUGGAACUUACACUGCUGCUGACUUGCGAGAGAAAUUUCGGCAAUCUUUUGAAAAAGCUAAUGCUAAAAGAAAUGAACUGAAUAAUGCUAUUAUCUACUCGAAACCGGAAAAAAUUCUGAGCUGGAAGGACUUUGAUCAUGAAGCUUUUUUGAGGAAAGGUAGUCUACAACCAGGUGAAGACAGAUAUGCUGCAAAUAAAUUUAAUCAAGCUGCCAGUGACGCUACAAGAUGGGAUCGCGAUAUUAUCGAUUCCCGGGAAGCAAGCACUAUAAUAUACGACACAGAAACUCUCCCUUCAACUUCGGUUAUAAUAACUUACCAUAAUGAAGCACGAUCGACAUUACUGCGUACAGUGGUCAGUGUAUUCCUUCGUUCGCCACCGCAAUUACUUCACGAAAUUAUUCUUGUUGAUGAUUUUUCAGAUGACAUUGCGAUUGGAACAGAUUUGCUGUCAAUAGAAAACGUGAUUGUUAUAAGAAAUACAAAACGUGAAGGUCUAAUAAGAUCUCGUGUGAAGGGAUCAGCACUGGCGCGUGCCUCGGUGCUUACUUUUUUGGAUAGUCACUGUGAAUGUAAUGUAAACUGGUUAGAACCAUUGCUUGCACGAGUUAAAGAAAAUUAUCGGGCUGUCGUUGCUCCCGUUAUUGAUGUCAUCGACAGAGAUACGUUCAAAUAUGUAGCUGCCAGCGCUGAUUUGAGAGGAGGAUUUGAGUGGAAUCUCGUCUUUAAAUGGGAAUAUUUGACGGGCAAGUUACGGGAUGAGCGACAUGCACGACCCACGGCACCGAUAAGGACGCCAGUAAUAGCUGGUGGUUUAUUUAUGAUCCAGAAAGAUUGGUUUCAAAAACUAGGCACGUAUGAUGAAGAAAUGGAUAUUUGGGGUGGCGAGAAUCUUGAAUUAUCAUUUCGAGUGUGGCAAUGCGGUGGUUCAUUGGAAAUUAUUCCCUGCAGUCGAGUUGGUCAUGUGUUUCGUAAGCAACAUCCGUAUACUUUUCCAGGUGGCAGUGGCAAUGUUUUCCAAAAAAACACAAGGCGAGUCGCUGAAGUAUGGCUAGGCGAUUAUAAGCAUCUUUAUUUAAGAAAAGUACCAUCUGCUCGAUAUGUUGAUUUUGGCGACAUCACAGCAAGAUUGGAUUUAAAGGAAAGAUUACAGUGCAAGGAUUUCGAUUGGUAUUUGAAAGAGAUUUAUCCGGAAUUGACAAUUCCUUUGAAAGAGCAAGGACGAUAUCUGACAUUUAGACAAGGAAAAGUUUGUAUUGACUCUUUGGGUAAACAGAUUGCUUUAUCUUCCGUUGGUAUUUACCGUUGUCAUGGUACGGGAGGAAAUCAGGAAUGGGUAUUAAAUGGUAAGCUUGGUACUUUAAAGAGCCCAUAUUCAAACUUAUGUAUAACGGAUGACGAGAAGGGAAUGCUAAUUCUACAUUAUUGUAAUAUGACUAGAGGAAGAUGGAUUUUGGAUGAAGUGAACGGAAGAUUACUCAAAAAUAACCAGUGUACAGCUCUGCUGCUAUCAAGCUCUGAUGAUCGAGAUAAUGUGCUAGUGUUAAUGCCAUGUGAUGUUACGGAUGAACGACAACGUUGGAUAUUUGAGAAACCUCCAGCAUUUUGA